AUGUUUGGUUUUCAAACUCUCGCCUGUCUUCAUGACAUACCAGUUGUGCGUUCAUCAACUAAUAAACUUCAAGAUGCAUAUACGAAAGCAAAAGAUACAAGUGCAUUUAUUCGAUUUCCAUGCAAUUUAGUUGAAACAGUUGCUGAUAAAUCACUUAAAAUUGCUUCUAAUGUUGCUAAUCCAAUUGUUAAAUCAUUAGAGGCACCUGUUCGUAUAAUUGAUGGGUUCACUGUUGAAAAAAUUCGUCAGAUCGAAGCUAAAUAUCCUGUUAUUAAUACACCUACUAAAGAAGUUAUAAAUGCAUUGAAUGAAAAAACUGAACCUGUUCGUCAUAUAAUGAACUCGGUCAAAGAUACAACAACAUCAACUAUUCAACAUGGCAAAGAAACAGUUUCUAAUGUAGCAACUGUAACAGUAAAUAAAGCAACAAAUGUUGCCGAUACUGUUUAUACAUUUUGUGAAAAUCAUGUACCAGGAAAAACAGUACUUGUUGAUCGUGAUGAUUUUGGUCGUCGAACAACACUUUUAUGGAAUCGUCUUAAAUCAACUACUGGUUCAAAUAUUGAUCAAGCAUUUCAACAAAUUCAAUGUUUAUUGAUAUGGUAUCGAAUGUUGAUUGUAUCAUUUUUAUUAAAAAUACAACAGACCAAUGAUGUCUUACUUCAUAAAGUGCAAGGAAAACGAUUUUUAUCUAUAUUACCACAACGAUUUUUAAUUUAUACAAGUAAUAUUGUUGAAUAUGUAAUAGAACGUAUUCGACCAGAUGAUAUGAGAGAAACUAAAGAACGAUCUCAAUUAAUGCAACAAAAACAACAACAAUUCGUUAGUCGACAAACAUUAAAACCUGGUGCAUUUGUUACUACACAUCAAACUAUUCGUACUACAAAACAAGAUACAGUAAUAACUCGUAAUGGAAGUACAAAACCAUCAGUGAUGGAAUCUGUUCCAAAUGAUGAUAAUGGAAUAUUACAUGAACGAUUGAAAUCAACUGAUAUGGACCUUCUUGAUUCUGGAUUACCUGGUGAUGUUAUACCAUCUAUGGAUAAUGAUCAAGAAUUUUUAACAGUAGAUCAACAGAUGAUUCAUUCAAAAUUUAAUUAG